AUGUAAAGAAGUCACGAUUAAAUCAAGAACUUUGCCAAUUUGAAGGGGAAAGUUAUCUUCCUGACUAAAUUAAACUAAAAGAUCCUUCGUAUCGGGCAUCCCCCUCCCCCCUUCCGCCGAAACCCUAAAAGUCCUAUUGGACGUUUCGUAACUCCAAUAGAUAUAAUCUGGUAUGGACAACCUUAGAAUCAGGCAGACAACCAUCCGUAAUUAUCAAACCAAACUACCAUUUAUAUCAGUUGUAGGUCACAUGUUAAGACGGUGUGGAGUAAUCUUUACUGGUCGUGAAUAAAGCUGCAUUUCGUUGAGAUCAAGAAUUAUUUGAAUACCAGUGAAAUUAAAUGAUUAUUUCUUGUUUACGCUGAUGAGUCAAAAUGAAUUCUUUUUCAUCGAGCAUCGCACGUUCUAUUUGGAUUGUUUCCAUUUUAUUAUUGAGUCAGUCUGAUCUUAGCAACGGAACAGAAGUUGAUACUUUUGGUUUUGGCGAGUCUUUGACGAUCGUUUCACCAAACUACCCAAACAACUAUCCAAAUAACGUCAACACUCAAUGGCUUGUUUCUGGACCAGCAGACUACCAGAUCAUGGCAGUUUUUAGCACCUUUGAUCUGGAAGACUUCUUAGAUAUCUUGAGGAUUGGUUCUGGUCUUGAUCCAGAUGAUACAGCAUCAUUAUUGGCUACUCUCUCAGGUUCUUCUCUACCUGGUAUCAUAGUCUCUAACAGCAAAGAGAUGUGGCUGGCUUUUAAGUCAGACGUUUCAAAUACAGAGCUUGGGUUUAGGAUGAACAUCGAAGUUUAUACUCCAGGAAACUAUACAGACAAUAUGACGGCUUCUUCUUCAUCACGUGACAACACUUUUAUCAGUUCAUCUGCAGGUAAAAAUAGAAUAUUGAUAAUGAAUUUAUAAAAAGGAUACAUUGGGAUAUCUUGGAUAAAAUAUCAGAUGAAAAAUGCUUCGGAUUCUCUGAUCC